UCUCUCUCUCUCUCUCUCUCUCUCAUAUUUCAUGGAUUUGCCUAAACCACGAUAAGCUGGUAAGCCAUCUCUCCUUUGUCCUCCCUCACUUUCCAUUUCUUUAGAAGAAGAAAAACCAAUUUCUUAUAUAACGAAGUUGAGAGAGAGAGAGAGAGAGAGUCUUUCUUUCUAUAUCUAGACCCAAUCGCUAGAUUUCUGUUUUCCUUCCAUGUUUGGUCUGCUCAAUCACUAGAAUAAAGAAAGAAUCAGUUUUUUCUUGUGGGUUUUCUUCAUUUCACCAUUUCAUGGCUUCUUCAAUGGUCAAUGGAGCUGAAAACCUCACACUCUUCAGAGGAAGAGCUCCAGCUGGGCUUGGUUUCUUUGGGUCAGCCUUUCAUGGCUCACAUAUACCCAAGAUGAAUGUAUUGUCCUUGGUUGGGAAUCCCAAAGUAAGAGCCCCAAUACCCAAAUGCAGCAUGUCCCCUUCAAGGCCUGCUUCCCAGCCUAGAUUCAUUCAGCACAAGAAAGAGGCCUUUUGGUUCUACAGGUUCCUUUCCAUAGUCUAUGAUCAUAUCAUAAACCCUGGCCAUUGGACUGAGGACAUGAGGGAUGAUGCCCUUGAGCCCGCUGACCUCAACGAUCGGAGGAUGAUUGUUUUGGAUGUCGGUGGUGGGACCGGCUUCACGACGUUGGGCAUUGUUAAGCACGUCGAUGCCAAGAACGUCACGAUCCUCGACCAGUCACCCCACCAGCUUGCCAAGGCGAAGCAGAAGGAGGCGUUGAAGGAAUGCAAGAUUAUUGAGGGGGAUGCGGAGGACCUCCCGUUCCCAACAGAUUAUGCUGAUAGAUAUGUGUCCGCUGGAAGCAUUGAGUACUGGCCUGACCCUCAGCGAGGGAUCAAAGAAGCAUAUAGGGUCUUGAAACUAGGCGGAAAAGCAUGUCUGAUUGGUCCUGUAUAUCCCACCUUUUGGUUGUCCCGCUUCUUUGCGGAUGUGUGGAUGCUUUUCCCCAAAGAGGAAGAGUACAUAGAGUGGUUCGAAAAGGCUGGAUUCAAAGAUGUUCAGUUGAAAAGGAUUGGUCCCAAGUGGUACCGAGGAGUGCGCCGGCAUGGACUGAUCAUGGGAUGCUCCGUGACAGGUGUAAAAAAAGCAUCAGGGGAUUCUCCUUUGCAGCUUGGACCGAAGGCUGAGGAUGUGACCAAGCCCGUAAAUCCAUUCGUGUUCUUUCUACGCUUCAUUCUAGGAGCGAUGGCGGCAACGUAUUUCGUGCUGGUUCCAAUUUACAUGUGGCUCAAAGAUCAAAUAGUCCCCAAAGGUAGGCCAAUAUGAGCUUGUAUGAUGACGAAGCACAGAGCUGUUCUUUUUAUCCUUGCAAAGCUGUGAGAAAAAGCUUGUAUCAAUCAUGUUAGGAGUUGCAUUUUCUCUUUUUAGAAAGCUCUUUGUAGAUUUCCUUUGGCCUCAAUGAACUGCUUUUCCCUGUCA